AAUGUAACUAUCGUUUUAUUGAAAUGUCCAUCAAUUUUUGACUGCGUUGUAUCAAGCCAUUUGCCUAACUAUGUUCUAGGGCUACCUGUGUUUUGUUAUGAAAACAGCCGCUGACCACAACAACAGCAGUCAAAUCCAAGAUGGCGGGAGUUUUGCGCGUAGUAUUCGGAUAGUCAACCAUGCAAAUCUACAGCAAACAACAUCUAGGCCCUUAGGAUGUUUGCAACAAGACUAUUUCAAAGGUUUGGCAGGCAGUCAUUGAAUACUUAUCCAGGCUUUAACAAAAGAUUCAUUUGGUUGGGCUGUAUUAACUAUGGAAGCAAGAAAACUACCCAAAAGUCCCAUGCUUCUAAUACUUCUAGCAAAACUACAAGCCCCAGUCACAGAACUUUGAAACAGAAGCCAAUUGGCGAGCUGUUCUCACUGCAUAUUGGGAGUAAUAACCAAAACAAUGUCUACCCCUUGGAUUUGCUAUUAGCAUUAGCACAGAGCACACGUCGAAGUCUUAAACAGAGCUACCUCCUGUUGAGUGAUACAGAGCUUCAAAGAGGAUAUUCAGAAUUACUGAGCAAGAUAACUGAUUCACUGGGGAAAGUUAGUCUGGAUGAACUAAUGAAAUCGCUGCUUGCCAUUGCACAAAUCUGCCAAAGACAAGACGUCUUUUUAGAUCUGAAUGAGACAAGAAUAUCUUUACAUCCUCAAGAAAGUAAAGAGCUGACAACAUGUGCUACGUAUUUAACCAAACAAGCAGUGGUGUUAUUCAAAAAGGCCGAGGGGAUAUUGUUGGAUAAUCGUUUUGGUGGCAUUCCUAACUCUUGGUUGACAACAGUGUUGUGGGCAUACACCGUGACAGGGCAAGGUUCAGAUGAAUUAUUACAUGUCAUUAAGUCAGAGGUCCUCAAUCGCGAACUGGAAACUUUUCAUGAAUCAGAGCUUGUCCAGGUUUUGGACUCAUUCUGUAUGGCUCCAGCAUUUAACUCUGAGGAUGUGUUUGGCUAUAUUCACCAGGAAGUGAUGCGUAGAGGGCUUAUUGGGUUUAAAACCUGUGAGCUACCAGUGCUGAUGUAUUCUUUCGUAAGUCAGGAUUCCACAGUAUUCUCUCCAGAGUUCUACCAACGUAUCAAGAUAGACCUUCUCGGUAGAGAUGUCCGUGUGAUAACUCCUGUUGAGCUAAGUAAACUAUUUUGGUCUUUUGCACGUGUGAAGAGCAAUGUUGAUUCAAUCGAUGUCAUCAAGUAUCUACAGAAAGAGCUUCUUCGCAGAGGACUUUCCAAAUUUGAUGAUCGCGGAGUUGCUGUUCUUAUGUGGUCACUCAUUGAGCUGAAUUUCUUUUCUAAAGAACUUUUCAAUCUGCUAAAAAGAGAAAUAUGUAGAAGAAAUCAGCGAACAUUUUCAUCCCAUGAUAUCUCAAUCAUUUUUUGGUGUUUUGCCAAGAUUAAGAACAGGUUUGACUCACGUGUGAUAUUCGCAAUGUUCGAUAAGGAACUACACCAUCGAGGCUUUGCAGCCUUCUCCCAUUCUGAGCUAGCAAUGACUUUGUGGUCCUUUGCUGAGCUGGAUCAGGGCACGAGGGCGACACUCACGAAACUCACCACUGAGAUACAGAACAGAGACAUCAAGGAGUUCAAGCCAGUGCUUAUCAGUCAAUUAAUAUGGGGCUUUGCUAAGGUAAGGAAUAGAGUUGAUGUAAUAGACGCCCUGCGUUUCCUCAGCAGCAAGCUUAGUAAGGAGGUCGCUAUUCAGAAGUUCACAAUGAGACAGCUGGCACUGAUGCUUUGGUCAUUGGCUGUGAGUGAUCACAUGUCACCACUACUAAAAAGUCUCCAACUGGAAGUUUGCAAGCGAUCCAAACAAACCAUCAACAACGCGACUCUGUGUCAGUUGUUGUUCUCUCUAGCCGAAUCCGGAGACCUUGUGGAUGGUGUACUCACUAGACAUGUAUUAGGGGAAGUAAGUCGGAGGGGAUUUCAAUCAUUCCAGAACUUACAGCUUUCAGCAGCAGCAUGGGCAAUAUCGGAAUUGUUGGAUUGCGGACAUCCCGGAUCAGAACUUGUGCAUUUAUUAGAAGAUGAAAUUCAACGGAGAAAUAUAUCGGAAUUCAAGCCAGCGGAUCUGUGUCGCAUCUUCCAUGCCCUUGCUAGGUUUAAAGGAAUACUUCAAUCUGGAAGAGCUUUAAAGAAGUUCAGGGAUGAAAUAUUGAAGGCUGGUCUCGACAGAUUCUCAAUCGGCGAGUUAUUAAUGAUAACUGUUGCACAAAUCAAUGUCUAUGAGCCAACAGAUAUGUCCCUGCAGUCCCUCAGAAGCGAAGUGUUGUCCCGAAACCCGCGGGAAUUCGCUGCCACGCAUCUCUGCAUCAUUGCACAGUAUUUUCCUGAUCCUGAAGUAAGAAGUUGGUUGGAGAAAGAAGUUAUUGGUAGAUCUGUUACCGCGUUCACUGCUGACGAGCUCAAGGUGCUUCUGCAAACAUUGGCAAGGGAUGAAAAACUCUGUACUAGUCUUAGACAGCAAUUGGAGGCGAAUGACAUGAGGCUCUAUGGUUACUCUGACUGUGAACUAGAGGAGAUUGAGGAUUUCUUGAAAGGGGAGAAGUUACUCAGUUAACAUUGAAAACCAUUCCUGUUCAACAUGAAUUAAAUAAGAGAUGUUUCGUGCACUGCACUGUGGGAGCAAAGAUGAACGGUUUGAGUAUCAGGGCAGUCGAUAGAUAAGAGGAUUAGUUCCUUCCUCUAGGAUAGGGGAAACUAGGUGUGUCUAGCAUUUCCAUCCCCUAGGAUAGGGGAAACUAGGUGUGUCUAGCAUUCCCAUCCGGAUAAAAGACUAGAAGAAUUUGUUACAUAACUGCUUCCGUCUCCAUCUAUCCGAACCAUUGGACUGGAAAAGCUUUAAAAAAUAUAAUAAUGAAAAGGAAUAUUAGGGAGGAAGCAUGGGGGGAGAUCAUGAAGCAAAGUACGAUGAAUUUUUGUCGCACUCUUUCAAAGAGAAGAGGUUGGGGUGGCACAUAUGUAUUGGACUGAUGUAGAUGAAGGCGUGAAGCUCGUGGAUAUCUAAUGAUGGACUAUCCGGCAAGGAAAAAGGUACGAAUUAGAUCUGCUUUUACCACAUCAAAUUCUGUUCCAAUAAAUUUGAGUGAUAAUUUAAGGGCGGGCGCCUUCUUGAACGAGAAGAAUAAACUACAAUGUUGUUCCAUCGAGAUGCUUUUGAUUCGUAUAUUUUGGCGUUUUUAAGAUUACAUGAAAUGAUAUAUUUUGAACUAAAAUAAGCAUGACUGGUACGGUCACUUCUGUUAGGAGCAUCACGAUCACAUGCGGCUCAGCAUGCGCUGGAAAGUUUUAGAUUUGAUUUAUUAUUGAUAUUACACUAAUGGCCUUGGGGUUUAUUUGAUAGAUUUGCGUUUCAAGCUUUGUCUUUCAAGCGUGGCAAAGCGUGCCGUAUGAAUGCAUUUAAGCGUGUCUUUUGAGCGUGUCCUAUGAGAUUAUCUGAGCAUGUCGUUUGAAUGAUCGUUAGCGUGUUUUUUUAAAGCUAACUAAGCGUGUUUUUUAGCUUAUCUUAGCGUUUCUCUUGAGCACAUUCAAGUAUGUCUUUUGAGUGUGUCUCAUGAUCAAUUUGUGACGCAACAGUCCCCUGCAAAGUAUGGUUUAUUCCUAGAAUGAUGACUGCGCGGGCCUGCCGCGUAGCAUAGAUUUUCUAUCUUGACUUCAACACCCCUCCCCCCAAUAACUCCAUUAUAAACUAUGGCUAGAAUUAUUGAGAGCCUCUGCUAGCCACCAUUUUGUCAUCCUAGCAAAGUACUGAGAGAAAGUGUCCGGCUGAUUUGGAGGAACUGUUGCGUUAUUUUUACUGAAUUCUGUGAGUAAAGUGGCCACUUUGAGAUAAUUUUUUUAGAAUUUGGCUUCCACUAUUGAUGGAAACAAUACGGUUUUGCUGGAAAAGGCUCUUUAAGAUUCUUAGAGUUUCAAUUCCGUCACGUUUAUUUCUAGCUACAACUCCCUUUAUCGAAUUUAAACUAUCCCUAGAUCGAUGACCUUCCGGGUCUCGCGCGUAACAUGGAGUUUCUGUUCGAGUCCUUGCGCGUGAGACUGAGCGUACGCGUCUUAAGCAUGGCACGUGACUCUCGGCGCAGUAGACUCGUGAACGUCUUUUUGAACCCCGGGAUCUUCAGCGAAUAUAUAAUGGGGUUAAUGGCCGAGUUUGAGUAGUGGAGGAGUUUCGUGAAUUGGACAAGCUCGUAGGGUACACCUUUGCCUCUUUUGGGGUCGUAAUAGAACAACACGUUCACCGUAAAGAAUGGAAGCCACGUGAUUAUAAACACUACGAUGACUAUAAGUACAGUAAACGCGAUCAUGACCUCUCGAUCCUGCCGCCUGCGCUUCCUCCGGUAGAAACCAUAAGUCCCUCUUGUCUUGGCUUUCUUCCAAAUCCCCACAUACGCCGCGCAGAUCACAAUGAAUGAGACCCCGUAACACAUCCAGAUCAUCGAGAAGAAUGCACGUCUAAGAUGCAUGCUCUUUUCCGUAAUGCCUAUCGCUUGGGUUAUCGAUAACGCCCCAGAAAAGAACCAAAAGAAGAUCACAGACAGAAUAUACACCCACUUUGAUGAGUUCCUAUGGCUCACAGGGUAUAAGAUUGCAUAGCAGCGUUCGAGAGAGAUGAGAACAAGUUGGAAGAUGGACGCGAAUCCGGAGAAGAUAUCUGCAGCGUCGUAAAUGCGCCUGAGUAUGAGCGGAAUAUCGAGACUUCGCGUGUAAUACCAGAACGUACAUAUGAACAAGGGUACCGCAAGAACCCCUACUAUGAAGUCCGCGGCCGCCAGACCGAUCACGAAAAAGUUCGUCCUCGUGUGAAGCUUGAGGUUCCGCACGAAAGCCACGAUGACCAUGCUGUUGCCAAACGCCGCCAUUACUGCAAUAGUACCGUAUGCUGUACUCCACGCCAGGAUAGGGAAAGUCGACAUGACCGUCGUGUUGAGAUGGUGGCCGUGGCUCGUGUUGGGGUGGAACAGGGCAGCAUGACUCACAUUACUGGUGAUGUUCAUUGUGACUGAAAGGAAAGGUAAAAGUAGGGAAUGUGAUAAGCAGAUAAACGAAAACUCAGAAUGAAGAAAGGCUAUAUAAAAGACGUUUCAGAACCACGAGAAAAUAGCUCUAGUGGAAAUGUGUCGCCUAAAGCUCCAACCCCCUCCCCUGAAGCAUGACGGUAAUGAAAUAAAGCUGUCCUUUAGUA